CAUUUCAACGAAUCUUGAUUCUUACCCUAAUAAUGUCUUCAAUACACGACGACACCACAACCUUCUCCGACGACGUCAAACUGUCUACCGGAAUAUACCGCUGCUCAGUCCGCCGCAGAUUAUGGCCGUUACGGAGGCAGAAGAAGAAGAACAAGCUGCCGACGGUGAGAUUAGGAGGAAAGCGGCAGUUACUGGUGAGGUUCUUGAAAAGGAUUCGGAUAAAGUGGAUGAAGAUGAAGAAGGCGUGCACCUUGAAGAAGCUGAAAGAGUAUUAUUACUCUGUUUUGAAGGAUGUAAUUGAAGCUGGUGGAAGCUUUGAGACGUUUCAACAGAGACUUCUUCUCGAAACGUCGUUUGCUGUUCCUGUUAUGGGCCUUUCAUUCAACACGUUCCAUUGAUCGAUCGAUCAAAUUAAACUGCAGAUUGUCGAUUGAUUCUUCGCCAUAGCUGGAGAUCUCGCAAAUUAUAGAUGUUGAAACAAGUUUUAGCGGAUUGCGUGCAUUACUUUUCUGGUAAUUAUGGAAUUAAAUGUUUUCAUAUUUUUCUGGGUUAUGAUUUGUUCGUAAACUGUUAGUUCAAAACGAAUUCAACAGCAGAAUUCUAGACCUAAACACUAAAGAGUCGCUGAAUCAAAAUCAAUUUGACAACAUUAUGAUAAGAUCGAUUAAUUAA